UGGGCGCCGUGGGCGCGGACUGCGCGGGCUACGCGGGUGCCGAGGAGCGCGAGGCGCGGAGACGGCGCACCUGGGGUGGCCCUGGCGUGCGGGCGGCAACAUGGAGGACGGCGUGCUCAAGGAGGGCUUCCUGGUCAAGAGGGGCCACAUUGUCCACAACUGGAAGGCGCGAUGGUUCAUCCUUCGGCAGAACACGCUGGUGUACUACAAGCUUGAGGGGGGUCGGAGAGUGACCCCUCCCAAGGGCCGGAUCCUCCUCGAUGGCUGCACCAUCACCUGCCCCUGCCUGGAGUAUGAAAACCGACCACUCCUCAUUAAGCUGAAGACUCAAACAUCCACAGAGUACUUCCUGGAGGCCUGUUCUCGAGAGGAGCGGGAUGCCUGGGCCUUUGAGAUAACCGGGGCUAUUCAUGCAGGGCAGCCGGGGAAGGUCCAGCAGCUGCACAGCCUGAGAAACUCCUUCAAGCUGCCCCCGCACAUCAGCCUGCAUCGCAUCGUGGACAAGAUGCACGAUAGCAGCACCGGAAUCCGUUCAAGCCCCAACAUGGAGCAGGGAAGCACCUAUAAAAAGACCUUCCUCGGCUCCUCCCUGGUGGACUGGCUCAUCUCCAACAGCUUCACGGCCAACCGUCUGGAGGCGGUGACCCUGGCCUCCAUGCUCAUGGAGGAGAACUUCCUCAGGCCCGUGGGUGUCCGAAGCAUGGGAGCCAUUCGCUCUGGGGAUCUGGCCGAGCAGUUCCUGGAUGACUCCACAGCCCUGUAUACUUUUGCUGAGAGCUACAAAAAGAAGAUAAGCCCCAAGGAAGAAAUUAGCCUGAGCACUGUGGAGUUAAGUGGCACGGUGGUGAAACAAGGCUACCUGGCCAAGCAGGGGCACAAGAGGAAAAACUGGAAGGUGCGUCGCUUUGUCCUAAGGAAGGAUCCAGCUUUCCUGCAUUACUACGACCCUUCCAAAGAUGAGAACAGGCCAGUAGGUGGGUUUUCUCUUCGUGGUUCACUCGUGUCUGCUCUGGAGGAUAAUGGCGUUCCCACUGGGGUUAAAGGGAAUGUCCAGGGAAACCUCUUCAAAGUGAUUACUAAGGAUGACACACACUAUUACAUUCAGGCCAGCAGCAAGGCUGAGCGAGCUGAGUGGAUUGAAGCUAUCAAAAAGCUAACAUGACAAGGACCUGAGGGAAUCAGGAUUCCUCCCUCCUACCAGAUGACACAGACAGGAGUUCCUGGAGAAUGGGAGUAUGUUAAGACUUUUCACUUCUUUGUAAGUUUUGUACUGCUUUGGAGAGUGAAUGCUGAAGAGUUCCUCAGAUUACAAACAGCAGUGGUGCCAUUUCCUUCCCCAUCUUGAUGUUACAAACCUGGAAAGGCUAGAACAGCCAUCAGGCGUCAGCAUCUUGACUUUUCCCCAGCAUCACAAACAGCCAUUUCCUCGGGCACCAAAGUAGGUUCCCUUUGUUGGAACAAUUACACUGGCCAUGCCAUAAUGUUGAAUAAAACUCUCUUCUUAUG